CUGCCCGCAAAACUGGAAAACUCAAGAUCAAGAGUUUUGACUGCCUCCCCAAGUUCCUGGAAAGCAAAUGCUCUUUAAUUGCUAUCAUCUUUAUCCCCGAAGAAAUUCGUAAAGCAAUCCCUCCAACAGCAAUUUUCAAUCAGAUCAAUUUUCUGUUCAUAACGCUAAGCACGUUGUUGACUCUGUUAACGAUGGGCUCCUUCGCCGCUUCCUUACCGUCUGGAUAUAUCAUCCAAGAUGGGUACCCGCCCAUAUCGGACUAUCUCAACCUUCGUUUAAUCUCUGGCCUCACCCCGAAAACUUCUUCACAAGCUAUCGAGAUCCCCAAAGGCAGUUGGUAUGGUUGCUUCAUAACUUCGGAAGAAGACAAUUCAGUCAUUGGAAUGGGUCGCAUUAUUGGCGAUGGCGGAUGGUACUUUCACAUAGCGGACAUGGCAAUUCAUCCACAGCACCAACGAAAGGGUUUAGGAGAACAGAUUCUGAAGAGGCUUUUAUGGGAAAUUGAAGCGAAAGCUCCCAAGGACGGAGUACCUUAUAUCACACUUAUGGCAGAUGCGCCUGGAAGAAAAUUAUACCAGAAGAAUGGAUUCGUUGAAACGGCUCCCCAUUCACUUGGUAUGGUUUUGAAGAAACCUUUAAACGGUACACUAUGAAGCUGCUAUCGGUAUGACUAAGAUCAUAUCACCAAACAACCAUGUUAGAGGCAGAGCGAAGUUGUCAGAUUGGCGAUGACGGGUAGAGCCUUCUAGAACCACUUGGGACACAUAUAGAAAAAUACAGAAUUAGACUUGGACAUAUGAGAUUUAAAAAAGAAUAAAAGAAAGUCUAUAUUUUACAAUAAGAGUAACUAAACGGCC